AUGCUGAGCGGAGCCGCGCGUCGCAAGGGCCACCAGCGCUUCUCCCUCCUUCUCCUCGACGACGGGGACCACUACAUAACCGACUGGGUCGCCACGUGUCACCUCGUGGAUGGCCAGCCGCGCGCGCUCGCGGGCGGGCGGCUGCGGCUGUGCAUGAAAUCGCUCUUCUUCGAGCCGCAGGACCCCGCCAUCCCCAUUAUAAUGUUCCCCAUGCCGCACAUACUAGUCGUUUUCCACCCCGCGUCGCGCCGCCGGUACCGCUCGCAGCUGGGCGCGAAACUCGCCGCGGAGGGGCGCAUCCGCGCGGAGUGGGCGGGGGAAGGAGCGGGGGCGGGCGGGGAGGACGGGGGUCGGGGCGUGGGGGGAGGGCGGAGGAACGAUGGCGGAAGGCCGGGGAAUGCGUAUGGGGAUGUGGGGGGGUAUGGGGGAGAUAAUGGGUAUGGGGAUGUGGUGUAUGUGACGACAGGCAUGUAUGUGGCAAUGAAGGCGUGUGGGCAGGACGUGCCGUACGAGUUUGAGAAGAAGGAGCUGGACGAGGGCCACCUGCCUUCCACGUGGGCCUUCUCCCUUGACUACUCGCCCACCUCACGGUUGUUAGAUGAAGCCUUGCCAGUGCUGGGGGUGCAGCUGCUGCCGUACGAGCAGCGAGACAUGGAGGUGGCGCGGCGGCUGUCCCUCAUGGAGGCCUCGGCGCCCUUUGACGUCAGCCGCCUCGUCGACCUCUCCGAACACAUCCUGCUCGACUGCCUCGCCUCCCAGGUUCGGCCGCUGGUUCGGGAGCCGGGCCGCCUUGUGAUCACACAGCAGCGGCUUUACUUCCAGGUGACAUCUGGUGCAGGAAACAUCUGGCAGGUGGCAUCUGGUGCAGGUGGCAUCUGGUGCAGGUGGCAUCUGGUGCAGGUGGCAUCUGGUGCAGGGGACAUCUGCCCCAUUUUCCCCCCUUCUCCUCUCUCGCCCUUCUCUCCUAUUUUUCUCCUCUCCUCUUUUUCUCCUCUCCUCUCUAUCCCCUCGCUCCCCUCUCCCACUUCAACCUUUCUCAGCACCAUUGCACGCCAUCAGCACUCAGGGAGCUCAGGAGGAGGAGGACUGGAGGGGGGUGGUGGCACCGGCGGGAGAGGAGGGGGGAACGGAGUGGGUAGGGGGAGGGUAGUUGGGGGUAGUGGGGGGAGCGGGGGGAGUGGGGGCGGAGGGCCGUUGGGGGAUGGCAGCAGUGUGUUCUUUGUGUUCAGCUCUCAGGGGGAGAGGGACCGAGCUGCUGCGCUGCUGCAGAAGCUGUUGGGGGGUGUGUCCAGCCCAGCAGCAGCGGCAGCAUCGCUACUAGAGGCUCACUCGCACGCACUGCAGGCCGUCACGGGGCUGUGGCAGGUGGGGCUGUGGCAGGUGGGGAUGGGCCAGGUGGGGAUGGGGCAGUCUACCCCCAACUAUCUCCUCCUCCCCAACCUCUCUCCCCUCACCUUCCAUGCACUAUUCUCACCCCACUGUCCCCUACCUCCUUCUCCACUCCCCCAGACCGGCCGCAUCUCCAACCGCGACUAUCUGCUCUUCCUCAACCUGGCAGCGGGCCGCACUAUGUGUGACUUGGCGCAGUGGCCUGUCAUGCCCUGGGUGCUCGCGGAUUACACCUCCCACCACCUUGAUUUGAACGACCCCGCCACCUUCAGAGACCUCUCCAAGCCCACGGGGAGCAAUGUCCACUGCCUUUCACCAACGACUUGUUUUGAGGUGCCUCAAAAGACCACUCCUUCUCACCACCCUGCCUGCCUCUCCUCCUGA